AUGAAAGACUCCGAGGACGUUGUGGUUCAGAACUUAUCUCGGAGGGACUGCCUGCAGCGUGAUUACUUAGAGCACUUUGCACAGAAAAUGCGUCAUCUAAUUCAAGCCAUUGAAAAAAUAUUUUAUCCGGCAAUUGCAGCUAUUGGUAUCCUUGUAUCUGUUAUGAUCAAUAGACAACUACAGACUAUUAAUAACUACUUUCUGCUCAGCUUAGCCUGCGCUGAUUUGAUUGUAGGUGUAUUCUCCAUGAAUCUAUACACCAUUUACAUUGUAAUAGGUCACUGGCCUAUGGGCCCAGUGGUGUGUGAUUUAUGGCUUGCUGUCGAUUAUGUUGUGAGCUAUGCUUCUGUCAUGAACCUCCUUGUGAUCAGCCUUGACCGCUACUUCUGCGUGACUAAACCUCUUAGCUACCCCUUGAGCAGAACAACUAAGAGGGCAGCGAUAAUGAUUGCAACAGCUUGGAUGUUACCAUUUAUUGUGUUUGCUCCUCCUAUUCUCUUCUGGCAGUUUAUCACAGGGGAACAGAACGUUAGUGAUGGCGAGUGUUAUGUUCAGUUCCUCUCAAAUCCUGCGGUUACUUUUGGCACUACAAUAGUCGCCUUUUACCUCCCUGUUACGAUCAUGGUGAUUUUAUACAUACACAUAUCUCGAGCUAGCAAGAGUCGAAUAAAAGAAGAUAGAAAUAUGUCUAAAUCAAGCAAGGAUAGUGCUUGUCCAAGACUUGUGAUGAAUAAAUUGAUGAAAAUAGAUCAUAACAGCAUAAACAACGUGCCUCACGGCGUUUAUUCCAUCAAAAAGCAAAGUAAAGAACUACCAAAUUCCAAUUAUCACAGAGGAAAAAAGCGAGACUUCUCCAGUGAAACAAGUUCCUUUCCAACAACAAAACAGAAGAAACAAGGAAUGAUGCAAGAGAGUUCAAAUGUUCCUCAUGCACGAAGCUGUCUCAAAUCAGAAAUAUACAAACUCUUUUGUUUAAAGAUAGCUCGCAAAUCUGAAAACUACAACGGCAGUGCCACCAAAGCAGGAAUAAUUCCACCCAUCAGCAGCCAGAGGGGAACAGAUAGAGACAUCACAGCUGAUGAUAAAAGCACUGGUAUGACCAAGUCACCUGCUAAGAAGAAAGCAGUUGCAACCCGAGAAUUGAGAGUCACUCAAACCGUCUUCGCAAUUCUCCUGGCAUUUAUUAUAACCUGGACCCCAUACGAUGUUAUCGUGUUCAUUAAAACAUUUUGUUCAAACUGUGUCCCCAAUGCAGUUUGGACAAUUGGAUAUUGGCUCUGUUACAUAAACAGUGCUGUCAACCCAGCCUGCUAUGCACUCUGUAAUACCAAUUUCAAGAAAACGUUCAAACAUCUUCUCUUGUGUCAGUACAGACAUUUUGGUGCAACAAGAUGA